AUGAUGAAGAGACUAUUAUGCUACGUGGAUAAUCUCGAUACUUUGAUCCCUUUCCUCCUGGAAAACGCCGGGAAGCGGACUCUUUCCAACCUCGGGAUGAUCGACCUUCUGGUCAAAUCCUUGCCGAAAAACAACAAGGAAGCUCUCAGUACACUACUGUACACAUUCUCAAGCGGCAGAAGAUGGUGGUAUUCUCAUGCUUUGUCUCUUCUCCUAGACGCUGGUGCUGAUCCGAAUGGAAACUACCGCUACAAGUGGAGAAACGAGACCCUCAAUCUCCUUCUCAAGAAUGGUGCAGAUCCUAACGGUGUUCCGAAAAGCGGAUGGUGGACACCCUUGGCCUCUGCCAUCCGUGGCUGCUGCAGCGUGAAAACAAUGCAGCUGCUCCUCAGCCAUGGCGCUGAAGUCAAUCCAAAGGACGAAAGUUUGAUAAUCACCGCAAUUGAUUCAAGGAACUACAAUGCUAUCAAGUAUGGUGCAGAUCCUCUUUCUUUGACAAAAGAUGGAUCCUCGACUGUGUUCCACGAAGUCUGUCGGGAAGGAUAUUUUAUUCGGCCCAUUUUGGAAAUGGGUAUAGAUCUCAAUAUCGCUGAUGGUGAAGAAUGCACUCCUCUUAUAAAGGCCUGCCAGGUCCGUGGCCCAGCAAAGAUUUCCCCAUAUGAUAUUCGCCCAGGGGCACUCGAGUUGAUCGAAGCUGGUGCUGAUGUCCACGCCGUUGAUCACACUGGUUCUUCCGCCUUCCACUACGCUACAAGUUGGGGCAAGCUCAGUGUUGUUCAAGACCUACCUUCUGAACAAACCCGGGAGGACCAAAUCGAGGGAGACAAAGGUGAAGACCACUUCACCUCUGCAACGCAGCUGUACCAACGGUUCAUCAAUGCAGGACGCGACCGUGAGGCGGGAGACAAUGACGGCAACACGCCGAUAUUCUAUUAUGCGAGCGCUCCGAAACCUAGUAUACUUCGUGAGCACUGGGAUCAUCCACGACCGUCGAACCCGGAAGACUAUAAGAAGAUGUUCUCAGAGCACGACGUCCACAAGAUCAACCAUAAAGGGGACUCUUUGUUGCAUGCUAUUGCAUAA